AUGUUGUCCAGCAGUAACUCACAUUCCACGCAGUCGCCUCUUCGUCCGCAUUGGGAGCUGUAUCCAAGAUCCUAUGUGGCACAAAAGACUUCCUUUCCGCUCAUUGAUCACAUGGAUGGUGACCUGGACAAAGACGUCUGGUCCAAUGUUCCUUGGUCGGAUGAUUUUGAUGACAUUCGUGGCCCAAAAGAUGCCCCAAGUGACGAGCGACCAGAUGCCAAUUGUCGGACUCGAUUCAAGGCUCUCUGGGACGAUGACUACCUUUACUUUGGUGCGAUGAUCGAAUCCGACUUUACCACAGAAGCUCACUUUACAGAACGAAAUUCCCCAAUCUAUCAUUUGGAUUCUGAUUUCGAAGUAUUUGUGGAUCCAUUUGGGGAAUGUUGGAACUACAAGGAGUUUGAAAUGAAUGCAAUCAACACCGUGUGGAAUCUCAUGUUGGACAAACCAUAUGCCGAUCAUGGACAUGAACAUUCCGGUAGAAUUGCCAAGCCUGGUGACGAUGACUACUACGAAGUGAACAACCAAAAGAGUGCGACUAAAAUUAUUAGGGGAAAGCUGAAUGAUGCUAAUGGUGGGGCGACGUGGUCGGUCGAGAUCGCAAUGUCUCACAAAGACUUGCUCUUUCAUACACUGAAUCCUUCCAAAGUCCCAGUGCCCGGAUCCAUGUGGAGGGUAAACUUCAGCCGGGUGGAACAUAAAGGAAAGAUCAAUUGGACUUGGCAGCCUCAAAUUGCAUGGGAUGCAAAGCAGCUACGGAACACUGGAUACGUGGAUAUGCACCGUCCGGAUGCAUGGGGAUAUCUUGUCUUUGGCGACGAAACUGAGGAGACAAUAAAGUUUGAGAUGCAAAAAGAUCCUACAUGGCCUUUGAGACUUGCAGCCAUGAAUGUGUACUAUGCACAACGGGCCCAUCAGGAAGCCAAAGAGAAAUAUGCAUCCAAAAUGUCGGAGCUUUUGCAGAAUUUGAAUAUUGCCAUUGUCGAUCCGUUCGAUGUCGAUAUUAAAUGUGACGUGGAUGGAUAUACAGCAGUCGUGACUGGCAAUGGAUAUGUCGUUUCAGUGAAUCAGGAUCGACUCAUCAAGGUUGAGGAUGCAAUUUCAGCAAGCGAAAAACUCUGA